AUGUUCCAAGUCACUGAGGUCCAACCUCUUAUAGUAGAUGUAUUGGAUUUAUUGGAUGAGAUCCCGCAGUCUGCAAUGUCCAAAAUUUUGGAGGAUACAACUUCUUCUCAGCAUUUUUACAAGAUUGCUACUGCAAAUAUAAAACGUAAAAUAUGGGCUGCAUCUGCUGAACGACUCUUUGAGAUAAUUGAGCCUAUAAUUAGCAAAUCUUUAUUCCUACUUCAGCUAGGGAUACUAGACAGAGAUACACAAGAACAUCCCUAUACAGUUGAACAUUUGAGGGAGUACAACAUUUUAAUAUCGCAAAUUGUAAAUAUUAUUGGGGAUCCACAAGGAUCGUCUAGUAGAAGGAUUUAUCAGCUUAUUGUUCAUCUCCUGAAGCUUUUAUUUAUAAAAAGCACACUUGGCACCAGACACGAUUUGUAUUUCAAAAAACAAGAACAUAACGAUGAAGCUGAAGUUGGUGGAUACUCUCUGGAUAUGGCAUACGCACAAGUUGGAUUAUGUAGCAGACAUGAUAGUAAUGCUGAUACUUUUGCGUCUACAGAACAUACCGAAUCAGCAAAACAUGAUGUUACAUAUAAUCCUUGUCAAGGUCAAUAUCUACUAAGCACAAUCAGAUAUUCCAUCGCUACAAAAUAUCAGGAACACUAUCGUGUAGACAACGCACAAAUGCUUCUUAUUGAACCAAAGUUUCUGCUCUUACAGCUGAUUCACGCUACACAUAAUGCUGCCGACAACAAGCUUCCAAGUGAACUCAUAAAGCCUCUAUUGACAAAGAUAAAGGAUGGAAAAGGAAUAGGUGUAAAGGAUGAUGCUGAUCUCUUUGACAUAUCAUUCGUCUUAUCAAACCCAUUACUUUGUGACAAGAUUGUUGCAUAUUUUAUCAACUGCCUAUUAAACAUGAACAUGAUGUUCCUUGCCUUUAAAAACGAUAUGAAUGACUGGAUGUCGAUACUAUCACUUGGUCUCUCUUCUAGCUAUAUAGGAGUUAUAAUGUUUAUAUUGAAUGCUAAGGAGAGUGGCAAAGAUGGAGAAUAUAUAACAUUUUUGAAUCCAUAUAUUACAGUAAAGAAGCCCGUAUCUCUAAAGAAAAUUUUAUCCUACAUUUUUCCGGAAAAGGCAGGUUCCUCUGAUGUACUUCCUCCCUUUUUUCAUAACUUUGUAUCAUCAUUAAAGGGUGAAACUGUGAGUGAUUCAGAGUUAUCCGCCGCAUUCCACAAGAUUAGGGAUGUAUGCAUUGAUGAUGUACAAAGCUUUUUGGAAAACGCGGAAACUGCAUUUCACAGCUUACUUGUAUUAUAUUUGCCAAAAAUGGAUACGCUAAUAUUGAACAACUACAAGAGUAAUUUUAUGAAGUUUUUGGAAAGUGUACAAUCGAAUAUAGAGGAUAGUCAGGUGAAGGAUAAAAGGUUUGAUUCAGAAUUUUUGCUCGCACCAUUCUAUGGGAAAAAGUAUAAAUCUAUUGAAUACAUAAACAAGCUUUCGUCUGUUUUGGAUAAACAUUUGUCCACCCUGGAGAGAAGUUCAUCAAAGAGACUUUGCUCUGGAAUUGGGAAUUUAAAUGUCUCACUUUUACUCAUGGUAAUGAAAAGGUUUUCGUUUCUUGGUGUAAACAUAAUGGGAGCGUUAUGCUCCACUUGUAAUAUUACUGCAGCGCUUUUAAAAAUGGAAAUAGUUGAACUGUUUAACGUGGUAUUAAAUGGCAAGAAAAUUGUGUCGGGGGAAGAGAGAAGUGGUUCAUUAUACAAACUGAGAAAUACAUUUGAAAAAGCUUGUGCACGACAAUUUGGUAUACUCAAGGUUCCAAUGGACUAUACAUUUCUAAAACUCUUGAGAACUUGUCUGUUAAAGGGAAAUGUGACUCACGAGCUCCUAAAGUACGUGGAAGGAAUAUCGAACCUAGGUCUACCGUCUUCAUUUCUUCUCUUGUACUACUACAAGAUUUAUGAACUGGAUAAGCAUGGGAAAAUGGUCAUUGAUCGGCUCUACAGGUCAGUUGUUUUCCGUGUCUAUUCAUUCAUCCGGGUGGAUUGGUGA